GAUAUUGCUGUUGAAAUAUCGAUCCCAAUCCCAUCAUCCUCUCUUGUUCUAAUUGUAGGCGGUCAUAUUGCUUACAGGUAGAGACAGCAGUGCGGAAAAAGAGAGAAACAUGGAAAUAUCAACCUUUUCCCUGCUUCUUGUAAUAUGCGCAUGCACACCAAGUGGCACUGAUUCUCACGGGGCUUCUUUCGACGGCCUGAACACCUUAACAGACUCACUGCUUCAGGAAGUAAUGGCUCGAAUGCAAGGAUUUGACAACCCACCACCAGAGGUGUUCCUACCCGUGGACGAUUCAGACUCCUACAUGACACCUAGCCGAGUAGCUAAACAGUACGAAGGGCACAAAAAUGGUUUCCACACCCGGCAAGAGUUACAAGGCAUUCUAGGAAGAGAGCCAUCCCUUCGUGACCAAGAGAAGCUACAGCACAGUUCUCUCUGGGGUCAUCAGUACAUGCAGGGAGGUGCUGGAGAAGGUGCUCAACACCUGAAGCCAGAUGGUAGUGUCCAGAACAAUCAAGAAGUAAAAACUGACGCAGUUCUUCCAGCAUACUGUACUCCUCCUAACCCUUGCCCUAUUGGUUAUACAGCGGAAGAUGGCUGUUUGGAAGACUUUGUCAAUACAGCUGCCUUCAGUCGCGAGUAUCAGAGUUCUCAGGACUGCAUGUGUGAUGCUGAACAUAUGUUUGGCUGUCCUACUUCCACACAAGAUAACGAACUAGACGCCCUGGCCCAGUCCAUACAAAAUCAAGGGUUAAUGGACUCUACACUAAACAGGAUCGUUCAAAACAUGCAGAUUGAAGGAGAGCACAAAACCUUAGUUGCUAAAAAGUUUUUCAACCCUAACCAGUUGAAACCCAAAACCAAAAUGUUUACCCAAAGAGGAACUACUCUCAAUUCACUCUGAUGGAACUGCAAUAGUUGCUGCAUUGAAUAAGUCCCGAAACCCAUAUUUGAAAGGCGAAAAAUUGCCAGUUGUAGCCAAAAAAGGAUAAGGAUUUUACGGAGACAUUUGGAGGAAGUGACACCUGGCACAUGUCGUUACCAGAAGCGACAAGACCAAAUAUUACGUUUUAUGGAUAUUUUAUCAAUUUCUAAUAAUAAAUUCAUUAACUUCAUAAACCGAUCAAAAAGUUGGAAAAUAACAGGCUUAAGUAAAUGAAAAAUAUAUUGUAUUCAGUAAUUAUUGUUACUCUCAUAAGCUAUGUUAUGUCCCGUAUAGUAUUAACUGCUUUACAUUUUUACCGAUAAGUUUUAAAAACAAGUUAUUUCUGAAUAUGAAAACAUUUUAAUAAAUAGAAUCAUCAUUGUAAGAUGUAUUAAUUAGAAUUAUGUUUAAAUAUUUCACAAGAUCUUCAAUUCUUAAUGUUUGUAUAUUUUAGUAGUUUAAAUACUUUGAGAAAAAUAUAAAAAUACCAUUAUUCUUGUUUAUCUAAGAUGUUUCGUUAAUAGAAGAGAUAGAUACCUAUUCCUGGUGUUCUUAUUAACAUGUUUUAUUUAAAAGUGUUCCUAUGUAACAGCAUAUUAAAGAUACCGAUAAUCUCUA